CUUGCCUCAGAGCUCGCCGCGAACGCACGCACGCACUCUGGCACUCCCUCCUCCGUUGCACUCCGAUCCUGUGGCAUUCAACCAUCUGUGUUUGUGACCUAAAAUGUGAAAAGAAAGAAAGAAAAUAUUAAAGAUAGAAAGAAAGAAAGAAACAAGGAAAAGAAAGAAAGAAAGAAAAAAAGAAAGAAAAGACAAUUUAAAGAAAACAGAAAAAUAAAGAUAAUAAAUAAAAUAAAAUAAAAACAAAGUGAAGACAGAGAGAGAGAGAGUCACCAUGUACUUAAAAUCCACUACUAUUACUACUACAACCACCAUCACCACCUCCUGAAGUGAAUAGAGGUGGCGGCGGCGGCGGCGGCGGUGGUGGUGGUGGUGAUAUGGUGUUGAUGGUGUUGGUGUGGUGGAGGUGCUGGUGGUGGUGGUGGCUGUGGAGGAUGGUGGUGGUGGUGGUGAUAGUGGUGGUUGGAGGUGCGUUCCCCGUCUCACCGCACUUCACUUGGACACCAGUUCUGCCCUCAUCACCAGACCAGGUGGAUCUAUGGACAGUCUCAGGGAGUGGGUGCAGCUGUUCCCACCACCCCGCCCACGCCGCCCAUGCCCAGCAAUCGUGUGCGUGUUGCGUGAGCCGGUCCGCCUGUCACUGCGGCCUGAACAACCCCCAUCGAUGUGCUCAGUGUGGCCUGCAUCACUUCUGCAACAAUAUGUGCAACAUGACCAUUGACGGGGCCGUUCUAAGCGUGACCUCAGGGCGUGUGUCUGGGUCCCUGAUAUCCCCCAGCGAGAUGCAAGCGCCCACACUUUGCUGGUACCUUCUACGGGCGCCGCCGGGACAUAGGGUGGAAAUACAGCUACAUAGGCUGGUUCAUGUUGGCUCCUAUGUUAAUACUACAACAUGCCGCGGCGGGUACGUAGAGGUCACGGACGGACAGACCCGAGGAGCACCCGUGGGCGUGGGCGUGGGCGUGGAGGCGGGCUUGACCAAACUAAAGAUAUGCGGGGAGGACGAGAGACUGCACCCGCCCGUGGUCAUGUUUAGCGAUACGGGAACGGCUACCAUCACAUACAGAGUGAGUCAGCGCUGGGGCAGUCCUCGCUUCAUCGCCUAUUAUAAUUUCCCGCACGUAUCAAACCCCGAAACUGGAACCAAGCAACAGGGCGGGACGAGACUUCAAUAUACAGCGUGCGACUGGCUAUAUCAGGACGUCCACUGCGGGUCUCGAAGUACCAGCAGUAGUAGUAGUAGUAGUAGUAGUAGUAGUAGUAGUAGUAGUAGUAGUAGUAGUGGUAGUGGGUGUUAUCUAUCCUCGCCUGGCUAUCCGGGUAUCUAUCCAUCGAGUCUGCGGUGUCGCUAUUUGCUAUCCAUGUCGAGUCCGCUUACGAGAGGCAACCUGACCUUUCUAUCCGUUGACCUACACCCUCAGCGCUGCUCCACGGAUUACAUUGCCGUCUACGCGGGCACCUCCACCUCGUCUCCACUUAUCGACUCUCUAUGUGGAAGUACAGCAAGAACUAUAGCCAUCACUGGACCUAACGUGCUGGUGGACUUUAGCUCUGGUCCCCGGGUGAGGCCUUACAAAUACAGCGGGUUCCUUGCCUCCGUGAGUUUCGACAGUGUGCAAGGGGAGCUCCCAGUCACUCCCCCGAGACCGCUUCUCCACCCCCUAAGUGACCCACGAAGACUCCACCCAAACACUCGGACAAGCUCACUCGGGUGCCAUCAGCUCUACGAAAGCCAUAUUAAAAAGGAAGGUAUAUUUGACACCUCCACGAUGGCACUGGGUAGCCGGGAGUGCCACGUGAGGCUGCAAGGCACUGAGGCGGAGGUCGUACAGGUGUCCCUCUUCAAGUAUAUGCUCAGCGGGAGAUCUUGCACCUCCAGAAUCUACAUUUAUGACGGCCAUGUUACUGGUGGUGAAGGUGGUGGUGGUGGUGGUGGUGUGGUAUUGUUGAGGAAGAUCUGUAGCCCAGCGAACCGUGAACCAAGAGACGUCACUGGCCGCUUCGUGCAACAAGAAUUCCUCCUAUCCAGUGGCUCAAAAAUGGAGGUUGUGUUGUCUCUCGGCGAAAAUACGAAAGCAGAGGAGCAGUUCGUUGUAGGCGGUUAUCACUUCCAUAACUCUCGCGUGGAGGGCACCAAGAAUCCCUCCAGUGUGUGUGACGUCAUGUUCUACGGGGCGACUCACCCCUCCAGAGGGGAGCUACGGCCCCCCUCGAGCCCCCUGCUGUGGAACGUGGAGGGAUCCCUCAACUGUUCCUACCUGCUGGUGCCGGGGCCGGGCCAGGCGCUCAGGAUGAGGAUACCCGAAAAACCAAUUAACAACAACAACAACAACAACAACAAUAACAACAACAAAAGCCCCAACACGCAGUCAAGACCGCCCUGUACAAGCGACUGUGACUACGUGAGCGUGGGCGCGGGCGUGACCGUGGGCGUGGACAGAUGUGGGUGUCAGACGAGAGAUCGGAUUCUACUAGAGAGAGUUGAUCAUCUACUCUUCCUUCACGCCAGUACGAGGAAUGUGAUAGCUUGCCUCUGCGGCCCGUGGAAGGAGCCGUUGGAGCUUCACGUGGAGUCGGAGGAGGGCGCCGUGGACAUCAUUUAUCACGUGGCUCACUACAGCUGGUCCACGCCUGGGUUCAACUUCACUGUAGGUUACGAAUUUGUGCCGGCUACGAUAUGCGGCGACCCCUACCACACCGCGUCCGCUGGAGAGUUAGGUCCAAGGGAAAGCGAGGUCAGUUCGGGGUCACGUCCACACCUGUUCGUCAACUGUGCCUGGGUCAUCUCAAGUCCUGUCACCUCGGCGCUGGCCUUAACUGUGACCCCGCCAAGCCAAGGCUCCUGCAACACGUGGAAUCUAACGGUCGAGGCGGUGGGUCGGUCAACUAGCAAUGCCCUUAUGACGAGUCUGUGCGGUGGGCAGCAGACUCUUCUCUUCAACGUCCCCGCCCAUCUCAGCGCUGCUAAUAUACGGCUUGAGCUUAGAGGAGAGGAAAGAAGCGAUUGGCUAAUAUCCUGGAACUCCCAUCUUCCUCCUCCUCCUCCUCCUCCUCCUCCUCCUUCUCCUCCUCCUCCUCCUCCUCCUUCUGUCCCUACCUCCUCGUCCGUCUCCCCAAAACCUGAGCUCUCCAGAACGGUUAACGUACAUCCAACCAGGAAGACAUAUUUGGUUCAUUCUGGGUCGUCUUCAAGUCGUCAAGGUGGUGAUGGUGGUUGCCGGUUACUACUACUACUACUACUACUACUACUACAACGACCACUACUACUACUACCACUACUACUGCUACUACUACUGCCACUACUAACGCUGACUACUAAUACUAUAUGUUGUGGCUGUUAGAGAUAUUGUUGCUACUACUACUACUACUACUACUACUAUUACUACAACUACUACUACUAUUACUACUUCUACUACUACUACUACUACUAUCAAUCUCUCUCUCUCUCUCUCUCUCUCUCUCUCUCUCUCUCUCUCUCUCUCUCUCUCUCUCUCUCCAAAUUGCUCAAUGUUUAUACCAAAGAAGGAAGAUAAAGAGGAGGAGGAGGAGGAGGAGGAGGAGGAUAAGGGAAGAGGUCUCCGUCCCCUCUUCCUCAUCGGUGCUCUCCUCCUCCUCCUCCUCCUCCUCUUCCUCCUCCUCCUCAUUAUCACUGUCAUUACUAUUAUUAUAAGCUUUUUCUCCUCCUCCAUCUCCUCCUCCUCCUCCUCCUCCUCCUCCUCCUCUCCCUUCUCUUCUCCUUUGGUUCCUCACAUUAAUAUCAUCAUUUUUCCUCCUCCUCCUCCUCCUCCUCCUCCAAACAGGGUAUCUUGCAAACACACAUUAUUUUUUCCUGUGUGUGUGUGUGUGUGUGUGUGUGUGUGUGUGUGUGUGUGUACGUUUCUCAGGGCCAAUUAUAGUGUGGUAUACGAUCAUGUACGUAGACUCAACACACACACACACACACACACACAGACACACACACACACACACACUCCGGUAGCUCAAUCGGCUAGAGCGCUGCGCUGCCAGGGUUCACGGACAAACAGGCGGCGGUUCGAGCCCCGCUCAGGCCGGAUUCUUUCCGUUGGCUGGGAGUGGUUGCUGUCCCCCCUUGAGCAAAAGAGAGAGAGAGAGAGAGAGAGAGAGAGAGAGAGAGAGAGAGAAAAGAAAAACAGGAAAAAAUGUAUGUCUAUGUACACACACACACACACACACACACACACACACACACACACACACACAUGUACGUAUAGAUCUAUGUAAUCCUAUGUAAUAUUAAGUCAUUAUUAUUAUUAUUAUUAUUAUUAUUAUUAUUAUUAUUAUUAUUAUUAUUAUAGACACUGAAACUCAGGG